AUGUCCGAGGAGGUUGACGACCAUGUUACCGAAUGUUAUGAGCUACGGAAACGACUUGGCAAAGGUGCAUACGGAAUUGUUUGGAAGGCCAUUGAUCGGAAAACAAGCGAAACUGUAGCGUUAAAAAAGAUUUUUGACGCAUUCCGAAAUUCCACAGAUGCUCAACGUACUUUUCGAGAAAUUAUGUUCCUACAGGAAUUUGGUCGGCAUCCAAAUAUCAUAACACUGUACAAAGUACUUCGAGCUGAUAACGAUAAGUAA